CGAAUCGCGGCUGGGAGCUUUUCGAAGUGUGAGCGUCGACGUUUUAUUUCUGCGGCUCAGUCGGUUUUCGUUCGUUCUGUUGGAGAAAAGCAGCAAUCACACGUUCGCAAGGUGAACGCGAAGACACAGCAAAUUGUAAAACAGAAUAAAGCAAAAUGUCCAACCUUAAGCGUUUCGAUGAUGAGGAGCGUGAGUCCAAGUAUGGACGUGUCUUCGCUGUCUCUGGUCCUGUCGUGACCGCCGAGGCCAUGUCGGGAUCUGCUAUGUACGAGUUGGUCCGCGUCGGCUACUACGAGCUGGUGGGCGAGAUCAUCCGUCUGGAGGGUGACAUGGCCACCAUCCAGGUGUACGAGGAGACCUCCGGCGUGACUGUCGGCGAUCCCGUGCUGCGUACCGGCAAGCCCCUCUCCGUGGAGCUGGGCCCCGGCAUCAUGGGCAGCAUCUUUGACGGUAUCCAGCGUCCCCUGAAGGACAUUAACGAGCUGACCGAGUCCAUCUACAUCCCCAAGGGUGUGAACGUGCCCAGUUUGUCGCGCGUUGCCAGCUGGGAGUUCAACCCCCUGAACGUCAAGGUCGGCUCUCACAUCACCGGAGGUGACCUGUACGGUCUGGUGCACGAGAACACCCUGGUCAAGCACAAGAUGAUUGUCAACCCCCGUGCCAAGGGUACCGUGCGCUACAUCGCCCCCUCGGGCAACUACAAGGUCGACGAUGUCGUCCUGGAGACGGAGUUCGACGGAGAGAUCACCAAGCACACUAUGUUGCAAGUGUGGCCAGUGCGUCAGCCUCGUCCCGUGACUGAGAAGCUGCCCGCCAACCACCCCCUGCUCACCGGACAGCGUGUCCUCGACUCGCUCUUCCCCUGUGUCCAGGGCGGAACCACCGCCAUUCCCGGAGCCUUCGGUUGCGGCAAGACUGUGAUCUCGCAGGCUCUGUCCAAGUACUCCAACUCCGAUGUCAUCAUCUACGUCGGUUGCGGUGAGCGUGGUAACGAGAUGUCUGAGGUACUGCGUGAUUUCCCCGAGCUGUCCGUGGAGAUCGACGGUGUGACCGAGUCCAUCAUGAAGCGUACCGCCCUGGUGGCCAACACCUCCAACAUGCCUGUGGCUGCCCGUGAGGCUUCCAUUUACACCGGUAUUACUCUGUCUGAGUACUUCCGUGAUAUGGGUUACAACGUAUCCAUGAUGGCUGACUCCACCUCCCGUUGGGCCGAAGCUCUGCGUGAGAUUUCGGGUCGUCUGGCUGAGAUGCCUGCCGAUUCCGGCUACCCAGCCUACCUGGGCGCCCGUCUGGCCUCCUUCUACGAGCGUGCCGGUCGCGUGAAGUGUCUGGGUAACCCCGAGCGCGAGGGAUCCGUGUCCAUUGUCGGAGCUGUGUCGCCCCCUGGUGGUGAUUUCUCCGAUCCCGUGACCUCCGCCACUCUGGGUAUCGUGCAGGUGUUCUGGGGUCUCGACAAGAAACUGGCCCAGCGCAAGCACUUCCCCUCGAUCAACUGGCUGAUUUCAUACUCCAAGUACAUGCGUGCCCUGGACGACUUCUAUGACAAGAACUUCCCCGAGUUCGUGCCACUGCGUACCAAGGUCAAGGAGAUCCUGCAGGAGGAGGAGGAUCUGUCUGAGAUCGUGCAGCUGGUCGGCAAGGCCUCCCUGGCCGAGACCGACAAGAUCACGCUGGAGGUGGCCAAGCUGCUGAAGGACGAUUUCCUGCAGCAGAACUCCUACUCCUCGUACGAUCGUUUCUGCCCCUUCUACAAGACCGUCGGCAUGCUGAAGAACAUCAUUGACUUCUACGACAUGGCCCGUCACUCCGUGGAGUCGACGGCUCAGUCCGAGAACAAGAUCACCUGGAACGUGAUCCGUGAGGCUAUGGGCAACAUUAUGUACCAGCUGUCGUCCAUGAAGUUCAAGGACCCUGUUAAGGAUGGUGAGGCCAAGAUCAAGGCUGACUUCGAGCAGCUGCACGAGGACCUGCAGCAGGCCUUCAGGAAUCUGGAGGACUAAAGACCGCGUUGGCCCUACUUUUACACUCUAAUCUUAUAUUUGUUAUAUAGUUAACUUUUAAAAAAGAAAGCAGUCAAAAACCAUCCGAAAAAGCCUAAUCAAACACCAACAAUUCCGUGCUGCAUUCGAAGAAAAACAAAAGUCCAACAAAUUCCACAACUUCUUGGUGCCUACGAGAGAUGUAAACAUUCCGGCCUGCGGUUAAUACUUCACCUAACCACGCCCCCUCCGCCCUCGAAAAAGGGCAGCUCAAGGCAACAGCAACAACUACAACGUCCUUCUAUGUACUUCCAUUUAAAGCAACAACAACGAAAGACGCACACACACUUGAAUUAAAGUACACGGAAACGGCGCACGCACACAACACAUACAUAAAAGACACAAAUACAAAUGCAUGCAUAAAUAGUAUUAUUGUUUAAUGAAUGGAAAUUCUUGUUUAUUUGUGAAAAAGUCAUGUUUUCUCCCUGUUUGUUUGUUAAAUUUAUGUAAAUAUUUAAAGUAUGAAAUAUUAAAUGUACGAAUAAAGUGCAACAACAAAUACA